AUGGCUCAGCAGGAAGCUGGUGGUACAGCGGGCCAGGGAGAGGCCCCCGGGGGCUCCGGCUCGGACCCGCCGUCCUCUGCGCGGCCUGGCUCGAGCUCGGCGUCCGCCUCGCUGCUGUCCCGGCUGCACAGCCUGCAGAGCGACAGCGACGAGGCCGACGACCUGCGGCAGCGCGGGGGGCGGCGGCACCACCAUCGGCCGGAGCCCGCCGACCGGGCCUGGGGCCUGGGUCGGGCCUGGGUCGAGGCCGGCGGCGAAGCGCUGCCGGAGCCGCUGGGGAGACCUCGGGGAGCGCCAGAAUUAAAGGAGAAAAAUUCAGAAAAAGAACAUCAGUGGCUUGUAUUAGAGGCGAAUCUGACACCAUGGGAAGAGUGGUUUGUUUGCAAAGAAAAAGAACAACGUGCUCGUCUACAAAACAGAACCUUAAAGGAACUAAGUCUACAACAACAAAAAAGAAAAGAAGAGGAAGAGAGUGAAAAAAGAAAAAAAUAUGCUGAGGAAAAACACAAGGAAUGGCUUCAGAAAAAGAAUGAACAGGAAAGAAAACAAAGGGAACGGAAACUUAAUAAAGAAAUGGAAGAAAAAGCAGCAAAACACAUAGAGAAAGAGCAUUUGCAAGAAAAAGCUAAAGAAAAAUAUCAAGAAUGGUUAAGGAAGGGGCGGCUAGAGGAAAAAAAGGAAAAGGAAAAAGAAAAGCAGCAGUUUGCUGAACAACAAGAAAAAAAAGAAAUCUUCAAGGAAUGGCUACAAAAUGUGAAAAACAAACCUCCUCUCAUUCCAAGGAGCUAUUGUUAUGCCAAUAGGAAACUGACAGGUUUCUACAAUGGAACUGCCUGCCCACCACCAAGCUUUUAUAAUCCAAUCCCAUGGAAGCCUAUUCACAUUCCCCCACCCAAGGAAUCAAAGACUGUUAUUACUAUGAAGAAGAGCAAAAGACCUGUGUCCAGUCAGCCUUACAGGUCCUCAUCUUUGGUCUUUCAUAAAAACAAGGGCAAUCUUUGCCUUGUAACUAUGUGAAGAAUACAAAGAUAG